AUUGAGAGAGAGCUAUCAAAAUAUUACUGAGGGAACCCAUACUAUUCCCCGGGUAUGCAAAGCCAACGGAUAAGAUAGAAAAGAACGAGAGCAGCUACAGAUACAAUUCCCAGUUUUGUUUUGCGGCAAUUUGAAAAAGAAAUGGGUUCAGCGGCAACAAUGGCGAUGACAGCACUCUAUUUCACCACCAUCAAAUCAACCAAACUCACUUCUACCUUCCGCACUCUCCCCCGCUUCACUUGUUCCUCCUCUUCCAAAUUCAACAUCUCUUUCUCUCCCUCUAACCCCAAACCCAAGCCUACUCCUCAGCCCAAAACUCAAACCCCCCACGACGACGAUGACGAAGGUCCUCUCAUGAUUCCGUGGAUUGUUCGCGGCGAAGAUGGCAACUUCAAGCUUCUAUCAGAGCCUCCUCCCAGUUUUCUCAAAGAAAUGGCUAAUGCUCAAACCGGUACCAAAAAAUCAGAGAAGGACCAAAUUACCAAAAACAAGAAGAAGGGUGAAAAAGAAACCAAGAUUCGUGCGGUCACAGCGCCGCCUAAAUAUUCUAAAGCUGCAAGGAGAUUCUAUAAUGAAAAUAUUAAGGACGACUCCGGUACUCGUCUCAGUAAGGUUCUUGCCGCCUCCGGAGUUGCAUCUAGGAGAAGCUGUGAAGACCUUAUUUUUAAAGGCAAGGUUACCGUUAAUGGUUCUGUCUGUAAUACACCUCAGACUAAAGUGGAUCCCUCAAAGGAUAAUAUCUAUGUCAAUGGAAGCCGCCUUCCUAAGAGGCAGCCUCACAAAGUUUAUCUUGCCUUGAACAAACCAAAAGGGUACAUAUGCUCAUCUGGGGAAAAGGAGUCUAAAUCUGUUAUAAGUCUAUUUGAUGAUUUUUUGAGCAGUUGGGAUAAAAAGCAUCCAGGUGUACCCCCACCAAGAUUAUUUACUGUAGGGCGCCUUGAUGUUGCUACUACUGGGUUACUUAUUGUGACUAAUGAUGGAGAUUUUGCUCAAAAACUUUCACAUCCGUCAUCUAAUUUUUCAAAAGAAUACAUUGCAACAGUUGAUGGUCUAGUUCAUAAGAGGCACUUAACAGCCAUAAGUGAGGGAACAACAAUUGAGGGCGUCCAUUGUGUACCUGAUAGUGUAGAGUUACUUCCACGUAUGCCGGAUACACAAAGAUCUCGACUUCGUAUUGUGGUUCAUGAUGGAAGGAAGCACGAAGUUCGUGAACUUGUUAAAAGUGCUGGACUUGAGAUUCAUUCAUUAAAGCGAGUUCGCAUCGGUGGUUUUAGACUUCCACCAGACCUUGGGAUAGGGAAGUAUAUUGAGCUAAAUCCAACAAAUCUGAAAGCAUUGGGAGGAAGAGUUAACAAAGCUAAUUCUUAAUUUGUUGGAGUUGUAAAUCAUCCUCAUGCUUAUUCGUAUUUGGACAAUCUGAAGCUAUCAUCAAAGAGUUGGCCAAUGUUUUUUUGAUUUGAGCUAUUGGAUUCUGAUACACGGGGCAUUACUUGAGAAAUAUUUUGAAUAGCCACAGACUUUCUGGAGCGUUUGACAUCAUGCCACACCGAGGCUCUCGCAAUCAAUCAUCAAACAUAGCUACAUAUUUUAGAAGAAUUGGGUAAAAAAUUUAAACUGGAUGGGAAGCGGAUGAGCUUUUCAUAUGAUCAUGCAUGAGGUCGGGAUAUUGGUGGUAGCUUUAUUAAAUGUAUGUAUUGUAAUUUGUAAAUGGUGAUGCUGUAUAACCUAAUGACGUUAGUUUAGGCAGCUUAUAGCAUACAAGUGAUGUACCAAACAUUUAUGAAUAAAAUUGCAAGCAUCGUAUCAUUACCA